AGAGUAAACCGGUUUUAACCAUCUUUAAAUCAUAAACAAAAUUAGUUUAUCAUUGAGUAUUUAUGUAAUAAUAUAUUUUAAGUACUCGAUUAUCGUCUAAUUAAUGAUCAAUUUAUCCAGUUUCCAGUUUUGCAUUCGAAUUGAGUUCCUCCUCGGAGCAGCGUCAAAGUCAACGGCCGUCUGAUUCUUGUUUAUCUCCUAAACCCAAAAACAACGAUUUCACUGUCACCGUUGUCAAGCUCGAAUCACACUAGCCGAGACGAUGGCGAGACCAUCGAUCGCCACGUGUGAUCCAAGCGCACGACCUUGUUUAGCGACGCGUGGCUCACUUCCUCGUAGCCGUACAUGCGCGCCGCUUUUAUUCCUCUGCCUCCUCCUAGGUUUAACGGUCUUUUGUGCGGACGCAAAUCCUUCUGACUCGAAGCUUCUCUGCUCCCGUCUUCUUCCAUGUGAGCCUUCUAUUGAAAUGGUGAGAAAUUGUAAGAAUCUGUGGAAACUCUUGGACCGGAAAGUGAGUGUUCCUUGCCGUAAGAUUACAACUUUGACGAGGACAGUUACUCUAACUGAACUACCAGAUAAGACUAUGGAAGCUAAGUGUCUUCAGGGCAUGUUUGAGUUGAUUGAUUCUGCAUUCUUCAAUGAAACUAAACUACAGGAGAUUGCAAAGGGGGCUACUGAAAUGAAUGUUCCUAUAUAUCGAGCCAACCGGAAACUAGUAGCUACUAAGAAUGGUGGGUUGGAAAAUCCAUCCCCGUUGGUGUUUAAUCCGUCUUGGAACAGAGAAGUUCAACGAGUGCAAGACAAGAGAUUCAAAUACCCUUCGGCAUCCGGAGUAAAACUCCCUAGAGAUGAAGAAGAUAUCGCCUUCAUGAGCGUUCUUGAACUCGGAGAACUUAUAAAGACGAGACAAAUUACUUCCAAAGAACUCGUUCGGAUUUAUCUUAAGCAGUUAAAACGGUACAAUCAUGUUCUUGAAGCGGUAGUUACUUAUACUGAAGAACUGGCAUACAAACAAGCCAAAGAAGCUGAUGAUUUACUCUCUCAAGGAACUUAUCUUGGACCUCUUCACGGGAUUCCAUAUGGUUUAAAGGAUAUAGUUGCAGUUCCCGGAUAUAAAACAACUUGGGGUUCAACUUCUUUCAAAGACCAAUUUCUUGACAUUGAAGCAUGGGUUUACAAAAGAUUAAAAGCUUCAGGUGCAGUUUUAGUAGCAAAGCUUGUUACGGGUUCUAUGGCUUAUGAUGAUAUCUGGUUCGGGGGACGGACUAGGAAUCCAUGGAAUAUCGAGGAAUUCUCUACCGGGUCAUCAGCUGGACCCGCUGCAUCCACAUCGGCUGGUAUGGUUCCUUUUGCUAUAGGCUCGGAGACAGCAGGCUCAAUGACAUACCCUGCAGCGCGGUGUGGCAUAACAGCAUUGCGUCCGACAUUUGGGAGCGUUGGUAGAACCGGAGUGAUGAGCAUAUCCGAGAGCCUGGAUAAGCUGGGACCUUUCUGUAGAACAGCAGCGGAUUGCGCUGUAAUUCUUGACGCUAUCAAAGGAAAAGAUCCCGAUGAUCUCUCAUCUAGAGAGAUCGCGUUUGAAGAUCCCUUCUCCGUUGAUAUCACAAAACUCACAGUUGGGUAUACAAAAGAUGCUGAUAUGAAGGUGGUGGAAGUUCUUGGUUCCAAAGGUGUCAAUAUGGUUCCUUUUGAGCUAAAUUAUACUGUGGAAUCGGUUCAAGGGAUAUUGAACUUCACAAUGGAUGUAGAUAUGUUGGCUCAUUUUGAUGAAUGGCAAAGAACCGGUCAAGAAGAUCUCUAUGAAGCUCAAGAUCAAUGGCCGGUUGAGUUACGCCGUGCUCGUGUAGUUACAGCAGUAGAUUACAUUCAGGCUCAGAGAGCUCGUGGUAAGUUGAUUCGGGAAGUGGAGAAGAGCUUUACAGUCGAUGCGUUUAUUGGAAAUGUGACCGAUUGGGAGAAAGUCUGUAUGGGAAACCUAGUCGGUUUGCCGGUUCUAGUGAUUCCGACCGGUUUCAAGAACAUAACGGAUCCACCAACCAACAGUUGCCGGAGACGGACAACGAUCAAUGCCGGAAUUUAUGCCCCUCCAGAACGUGAUCACAUUGCUUUGGCAUUGGGUAUGGCGUACCAAUCGGUUACCGAUGCACAUAGGAAGCGACCACCUAUUGAUGAUCUUGGACCGGAUGACUCGAUACCAAAUCCUCCUCGGGCUUUAAUCCCUCCCCGUAGGUUACACAUUUGAGCUUUCUUCAAUCUUUUUUUUUACAUUGGGAAAUGUAGUCAAAUCAAUGUUGUGUGUUUUGUUUAAAAAGAAGUUAUGUUAUAAGUAGCAUAUUGUUCUGUCUCAAUGAGUGAUCAAGUCAAUGUUAUGAAAUGAACAUAUGGUUGGGACCGUUUUUGACGAUCAUGCUUUGUAGUGCGCGACUCUGGAUAUAAAUUAAUCUAUUGGGAUUUUGUCUAAUGAUUAAUCCGUGAAAGGG